AUGCGUGUCGCCAUCGCUGGUUCGGGUGCCGUAACCCGCUACUUCGCAGAAGAACUCCCCGCGAUGGGCAUCGACCUCGUCAUCUUAACCCGCUCCAUCAAGUCCGAGCUCGAGAACAUCCAGGGCGUCCGGCAGUUCGUAACAGAUUACUCUGUCGCCUCGGUCAUCGAGGGCAUCGAAGGCUCUGUCACCCUGGUGUCUAAUAUCCUGAACUACUCCCCAGCCUUUAUCGAUGUUCACGCGCACCUCAUCGAGGCGGCGAGAAAGAGCAAGACAUGCAAGCGCUUCAUCCCUGCCGAGUACGGCGGUAACCUGGAGGAGUUCCCCGACCAGCCGGGCUUCUACGCCCGUCGACAGGGGAUUGUCCGAAAGAUGCUGGAGGAGCAGACGGAGCUGGAGUGGACACUGCUCUCGACUGGUUGGUUUAUCGACUAUGUCGUCCCGCGUCGGAACCGCUACCUCAAUGAUGGCGGGGACGCCAUUCCCGUCAAUGUUGCGGGUGAAAGAAUGCUGAUCCCUGGAACCGGCAACGAGCCCUUGGAUAUGACUGCCGUCCGGGACGUGGUUCGCGCGGUGGGAAAGCUCCUCUUUGCGCAGAGCUGGGAGCGGUACACGUAUAUUUCGGGAGGAAAGGCGACCUGGAACGAGGUGGUGCCGUUGAUGAGGGAGAAGUAUCCGCAGAUGAGCGUGAAGUAUCGCAGCUUGGCUGAGUACAUUGAGGAUAUCGUUGCCAACCCGGAUCCGAAUGGCGAGGAGCGGAUUAUUGCGGAGUAUGGCAUCUUCUCGGCCAGUCGCGCUGGGGACCUGCCUGUUGACAAGGUUGCCGCUCAUCGCGAAAAGUACUUUUCUGGUAUCAAGUUCAGGGGGCCGAGAGAGUUGCUGGCUGAGGUCGAGAAGGAUCCUGAGGUUAUUGUUUAG